CAGAAACGUUGACACCAAAAAGAAAGAAAUGGCCUAAUUUCAGUGAUGCAUUGUCUCUUGGAACAGGCAUGGGAGAGAAUGAGGAAGAGGAGAGCUGCAGCAUCUACCCGAGCCUGCUGCUUCCACUCGGCAGUGAGAUCAAGGCCAGGAUGCAGCAGCUUGUGGAGGAAAGGAUGGAGGCAAACAUGUUGACGGCUGUGCUGAUCGGAGCUGUGACGGUUGUUUCUGUUGUUGGAGUUGUUGUGUUCCUUCUUUACAGAAGAUACAAACUGUCGAAGGAGCAGGCCGGCGUUCCAAACUAUCGCUUCAGGAAGAGAGACAAGGUGAUGUUCUACGGCCGAAAGAUCAUGAGAAAGGUUCAGACGCUGUCUUCAGUCCCUUCUUCUGGUUCAAACUCAGCUUCUCGGCAAAGAGUGAGGAAGAGGACCAAAGUCCUGUCGAUCGCCCGCAAGAUCCUGCGCAUCGGGAAGGAGCCCCCCACCCUGCAGCCCAAGGAGCCCCCCCCCAGUCUGCUGGAGGCUGACCUUACGGAGUUUGAUGUCCAGAACUCCCAUCUGCCCUCCGAGGUGCUGUACAUGCUGAAAAAUGUCAGGUAGGCGAAAUUGAAUGCUUU